AUGGACAGUGAUAUGCUUCUCAGAGUGAGGAUGGAUAAGGAUGGAGAAGGGUGUAUCGAUAGCGAGGAGGAGUACGACGAUGUUAUCAGGAAAAUUUUACCGUGGCUCAAUCCUGCGCAGUUUCUGAGUGUGGAUAAUGACCAGCUGAAAGCGCUGGAUCCUGACAACGCAUAUCACCUCACAACCUCAGCCCAAGUCACUGAAAAUCUUAUCAAGGAGUAUGAUUUGGUGGUGGAAAUAAAGCCAAAAUGGGCAUCUCUUCCUAAUCCACUCUCUGUGGGUCUGAGACACUCGCGUAUGAAGCUCAAGUGUAGCUUCCAGAGCGAGCGCUUGUUCUCGGAAAGCAGGCAGGAGCAGCUGGAAGAGCUAUCUGGAUUGAUAGAUGGUGAUAGUAAGUUUCUCACUGUGUUUUCUAAAGGCAGGAAAGUGAGAAUGGAUAGUGAGACAAUAGCCGGUAGACUACAGGAAGCGCUCAACGAUAGCGGCGUUAUGCGGGCUAUAAAGUACUACCAGCUAUACAGCGAUCCCUUGGAUAUACAGCACAUCUACCCGCUGGUCAAAGAUACCAACACAUGCAACCCAUCCACCUCGUUUUUACGUGGCGUCAUUAACAAGAUACCAAAGCACCCGGGACUUCCGACGUGGGGGGAUUUGAAGGCUUUUGGGGGAAGUCUGAGUGGGGAGGAGCUGCUCUACCUCUAUUCAUUAUCGAUGACGUUGCGCGAUGUGUCUGUGUUAGUGAGAUUGUCGCCAGAGACACAGCCAAAGGUGAAGGUAGUAGACGCAGACUACAAAUGUCUAUCUAGAAUACACAAGUGGUAUGAAAGUGACUGUAAAUUAAAUAAUUUUCACGCGACCGGAUAA